UGGGUGGGUAAGUGCCGAAACGUGUGAUUGGUUAGUCUGUCAGCGCCGAAGAGUGCGAUUGGCUGGCACUUGAGUGCUGAGCAGUGUGAUUGGGGCCGGGCGAGUGGAGGCGUCUUCCUGGAAGGCGUGGCUGACGUGGUAUUGCUGCUUGUGAACAGGCGAGCUACCCGAGGGCUGGGAACGAGCUGACACCCCUCAGGGAGAAACCUACUUCAUUGACCACAAAACGCAGCGCACAUCCUGGCUCGACCCGCGGGUGGACUCCCGCCUCAUUAUGUCCCAGCAUCACCACCAGCAGCAUCUCCAGCAGCCCCAGGUCCAGGCCCAGGUCCAGGCCCAGGUCCAGGCCCAGGUCCAGGCCCAGGUCCAGGCCCAAGCCCAAGCCCUGGCCUCGCCUGGCUCUCUGCCCCAGCAGCAGAUGAGCUUGUCCAGCCCGCUGAGCGUGAGUGCCCAGCAGCAGCAGCAGCACCAGAAGAUGCGCCUGCAGAGGAUCCAGAUGGAGAGAGAGAGGAUCCAGAGGCGUCAGGAGGAACUGAUAAGACAGGAGGUGGCGCUAUGUAGACAGCUGCCCAUGGACUCAGACAGCAUGGCAUCAUUGCCCACUGCUGGCAACCCAGCCUCCAUGAACCAGGGCAACAUGAGCCAAGGCAACAUGCCCACCAAUGGGGCAGACCCCUUCCUCAACAGUGGCCAUUUCCAGCACUCUCGGGAGCAGAGCACCGACAGUGGCCUGGGCCUGGGGUGUUACAGCAUCCCCACCACCCCCGAAGACUUCCUCAACAACAUGGAGGAGAUGGACACAGGUGACAGCAUGGCACAGGUCAGCCUCAACGUGACCCAGCACAGUCGCUUCCCAGACUUCCUGGACUCUCUGCCGGGCACCAAUGUUGACCUGGGAACCCUGGAUGGGGAUCUCAUACCCAUCCUCAACGACGUGGAGUCUGUCCUCAACAAGAAUGAGCCCUUCCUCACCUGGCUGUAGACACACGCGACCCCCCCCCACACACACACACACACACACACACAUAUACACACAGUCCAUUGCGCACACUUUACACUCACGCACUCCCAAACACCCAGCGAGAUUAAAGAUUCACUCCAGAAAUCUAAAGACCCUUAACAUUUGUGCUACCUUUGGAUUCAAAUCAGCAUCCCGCUGAGAUGCUGUUACUCCGUCUGUAUCCGUCAUUACUCACACACACACUCACACACACACACACACACACACACACCCGUCAGAGUCCAGAACAAAGAGAUGCAGAGUAUUAACCAAAGCCUUGAGAGAACAAAACAGCAACACAGCACACAGGAGAGCACAUGAGCAAAGAACAAAGUAAGUCUUCACAGAGGUCAAAACUACCUUCCGGCACACACCCUGGUUUGGUAUAAUCAUCGCUGAAAUCUGGACAGCAUUCCGGUCUCUCUGGGAGUGAUGCUUUAAGUGGAACAAUUAUAUCUAGUACCUACCAAUGCAAGAAUGAUCAUCCAGUGCAGUCAUUGUAGUUUAUUUGUUGCUGUGACCAUCAAUAGAGUGCAGGGAGGGCUUUUUAACCAGUAGGUGGAGCUAGAGCUUCAGUUUCUGAUAUUGUUACGAAAUGGUUCCCGAGGUUUGGAGGUUGGUCCAGGAUAUAAAAUGGACCCCUGUGUUGGUCCCUCACAGUCCGAAAUAUGACAGGGUGUUAAGAAACAGACUUUAACAUCCAUCUCUCCGGAGAACCAGGUUCCUGUGUUUGUGGUUCCAGUGCCAAAUCCAAAUCGUUAACACCAGAACUGUUUUCACAGCAGCCAUACCACCUCUGUUCUUCUUUUUAAGGUUAUACCAAAUAAAUGUUUCCUACUGUUCGCUCUAUCACUACAGAAAGCUUUAAAAUGUUCAAAAAAAAUGUUUUAUUUUGUUGUCAUUUUGAUUAUUGUACUCCGGCUAACAACAGUGUAGCUAUAGAACACUAAAGCUUGUGCCACAGUGAUACAGCGAUGUGCAUACUUAGGAUUGUGUUUUAUACCAAGUACUUUUUAUAUACUACAGUAUUCUCUUUUUUUUAUAUACUGUAAAAUAGCCUAUAGAUGGGUUCUGAAAGCAUCUGUUGCCAUUGUAGGACUUAUAAUAUAGAGUUUGCAUUUUUAGUAUUUAUCAAGAGCUAUGAUUUUAGAGAUUGAGAGAUUUUAGUUUUUUUUUUUUAUGAAAUUGAGAUUUCAAAGCAUCACAAGUCAGUGAGAAAGAGACAUAGACAUCUGAUCUGUGAGUGUUGGAAGUUACGACACUUUGAGGCUUCUGUGGAAGGAACUUGAUAAUCCUCGAUGAGUAAAUUCUGUGCCAGUGUUUAUUUACUCUUAAAUGCAUCCCUCCAUCAUCCUUUCCUUGAGGUAAUCUGGGGUCGACAUGCCAGCAGGAGAGCAUGUGCUCAUUCACAUAGAUUACACUGAGGCUGUUCUUGUGUGAUUGGUCGUUUUUCAAGGAUGGUAGAUGGGGUGCCUUUUUGAGACGGUUCAAAUGGAGGUGUGGUGUCUUGUCCAGAUAAGGUGCCUUUGUUUCAUAACCCCCAGGGGGGGGGGGGGGGACACAGGGGAACAUGCCACACGUGUUCUGCGCUGUCUUGAGUGUAAAGGAUUUUCACGGUAUUAUCAGAUGUAAUUGUCAGGAGUUUGUCAAGUGAUCACGCUCUGAUUCUGGCCCCGCCCAUACAAUGAGGUUGGACAAUCUAUUAUAGUUUUUCUUUGUUUUUUCUACAUCUGUUUGUCUCAGUUUUUGUAUUGCAUGUUGAAUGAGCCUAUAUUCAGACUAUAGCCCAGCCAUGUACGGCCACUACUUUGUCAGAUUACUGUGUAGCACGUUAGGACUGAGACGGCGAGAGUGAUGGGUCAUUGGGGGGAGAGGAGUAGGCGCUGAAUCUUAGAGGGGGAGGGGACUGGGUGGGGGAGAGGGGUCAAAGGGGGGGUUGAUGCAGUGAUGCACCUAAAGUGGCGAUUUUCAGCACAGGCCAACACCGCGCUCAUGAUGUCCUAACGUCACGAUUCAAUUGGAGGAUGGGAAGGGGAAGGGAGGGGGGAGACAGCUACCAACCUACGCCCGACACUUCCUGUUUAGUGUGGGAAGACUGAGACGAGCUUUGACACGCCCUGCCACACUAAUAUUCACCUGCCCUCCGGCUUUAGCUGAAGAGUAAUGGCUCAAGUGAUGGGCCCGUUGGCAUUGACAGGGCGUUGAGGAUUGGAGGAGAUCUUGUUGGGGGGGUGGGGGGGUGGGCAUGGUUGGGUGGUGGCGGUGGACCUUACUGUUUAGAGGGCUCAAAUUAAAAGUUUACGAAGGCGAACGUUUCUAGCUUGUGAUUGACAUGUGCGGCUGUAAAUGUACCCCCGAUGGUAACAAAAUAACCAGGGGCGCGGUGACGCCCUGCAGUGUUUUAGGGAGACUGAGGAUACUUUACUGUGAGUACCUCAAGCUUGACUAGGAGCAUUCUAGAAUGCCAUGGACAGAACUAAGGUUGUGGCUACCGAUAUUUUAGCGCUGAGCAGCGCUGAGCAGCGCUGAGCAGCGCAGCAACGUGCCUAGGGCUUAGGGUUUGUGUUGAGGUCAAGGCGGUGUGGUGUUGAGGUUGUGUCGCUGGCGUCGGUUAGCUGGGUCCAGGGGGACGUUUAAGGCUUGCAGAAGAGUGGUGAUGUCACACACUAACAUACAGCCAUACUAUCCCCUGGAAAGGCAGUGUGCAGUUCAUUUGUUUGGAUAUGAUUAUGUAAUCUCAGUAAGAAGUCUCUGAUAAUGGACAAUAAAACUGUGUAACAUGUUUAAAGAUGAAAUUAAAAAAAACUUUAAUAAAUUGGUUUGAGUACCACGGAA